GGCCCGAGGGGCUGCAGCGGGUGCUGCUGAUCAACAAUGCAGGCACGCUUGGGGAUGUGUCCAAAGGCUUCGUCAACCUGGCUGAUGCUGCUGAAAUGAACAGCUACUGGGCUCUGAACUUAACCUCCAUGCUCUGCCUGACUUCCUGCAUCCUGAGGGCCUUCCCGGACAGUCCUGGCCUCAGCAGGACUGUGGUUAACAUCUCUUCCAUCUGUGCUCUGCAGCCCUUCAAGGGCUGGACGCUGUACUGUGCGGGGAAGGCUGCCCGUGAGAUGAUGUUCAAGGUGCUGGCCUCAGAGGAGCCUGGUGUGAGGGUGCUGAGCUAUGCUCCAGGGCCCCUGGACACAGACAUGCAGCAGGUGGCCCGGGAGACCUCUGUGGACCCAGACUUGCGGAAAUGGCUGCAGGAGCUGAAGACAAAGGGGGAGCUGGUGGAUUGUAAGAUGUCAGCCCAGAAACUGCUAAACUUGCUUCAGAAAGAUAUGUUCAAGUCUGGAGCCCAUGUUGACUUCUUCGAUAAAUAAGCCCCUAUCCUUGGUUUCCUGGGGCUCUCUUCCCCCUCUUUCGGGCACACCCAGAAGCCCUGUGCCUCCUCACAUCUUGCCACAAUGGCACCACCAACUCUGCUAUACACAGAUAAGCACUCAUGCCUACUGUCCUGCUCUCAGACCCAGCCAGCUGUGAGGUCACUGGGGCACUCCGUUCUUAGGAGUCUGUGUUGAGCACCCUGAGUUAGGGGGAGGCUUAUGGGAGUUAGGUGAGAGAAGUGAUGGGCAUUGGUGUUCUCUCUCCAGGAAUAGAAUCUUAAGGAUGGCAAAAGUAGGACAGGAAGUUGAAACACUGAAGAGAAGGGGUUGGGUCUCCUUCCAUGGCCAGUCCAUGGGGGGAGGGGGGAAAGCUGCUUCAAGAAGGAGGGCCCAGUAGAUUCACAGAUGGGCUGGCGGGGAGGGAGGACAGCGAAGUUUCAGCCUAUAUGGAUGCCCUUUACUCAGGGUAACAGCACCUUCUAUUGAACUUCAAAGCCUCAUUCUUAUACUUUCUCCCUCCAGAACCUACUGUUUGUUCCCCAGAUGGGGGGUGGGGGGGCUGAGAGUUUUUGUACAUGUCAAAGGCAGAUACAAAUAAAGUGUGAGUUGUCCUUUAUUAGUGCCUGGAGUACAGUCAUGCCUCUGAUACAGGGCCCAUGGCUAAUCCCCUGGUUUGCUGGGCCCCGGGGUGUUCCUGAGGCAAUUAACCCAAACAUGGGGUGCUGCCCUUAUUUCCAGAGGAGUUGUGGGGCUGUGUGCCUCUUCUCACCGAGUCCCACCCAGUGGCAAGCCCAGGUUCAAACAAAGUUGGCCAAGAUGGGCAUUCCCAGACACCUGUUCCUUCAUGCUUUUUUGCGUACAGUGACCCCAGUCCUGACAAACCUUUCCUCACCCUUGACUUACUCAUGAGAGUCCAGCCUUUAGGGAUGGGUCAUUUCCCUGGCUCUCUUGGAUUCCCAUUGAAGAAUGGACCUUGAAAGAACUGACUCCUUUCAUCCCCUUGCCCUCUACCUGAACCUUAGGCAUCCCUUUUCAUUCCCAUAAAUUUUGUUAGGACUUCCUCUCAGGCUCAGAUGGUCCAUUGACCUGUUAAUUCCAGGAUAUAACUAAACCAGAUAAGUAACUAUGCUAUUUCUAGCUUUUGUAAAUAUGCUUACUUGAAUAAUGGGAAAGUGAAGGGGGGUGGGGGGGCUGGAAAUUUGGGCCUGUGAUGGAAAUCUGGUGUACGUUCUUAAUCAGCCUAUGGUCUGGUCACUGCUCCCUCUUAAAUCAUCUAUCUUGCAGGACCUGUUUCUUAAGCGUUGUUACCACCUUGGGAAGGCCAUAAACUGACGCUCCCAGACAGAAUUGUCAGGGCUGGUUCCAGGCCAGGCCUUGAGAUAGGGUCUCAUGGCACCAAUCCCAGAGUUUUUUUUGCUCUUUUUGCCUUUAUAAGUUUGCCCCUAACUUCAUUUUGGGACCUCGAGGUUUGGAGUGGUGAUAGCCCUUCGUGGUCGCCGUCGGCUUUGAAAUAAAAGCUCUAAAAUUCGA